UGGUAGCGUCCGGAAACGUUCCGGUUGCCACGACGACGGCGUUGUUCCCUGCGGGCGGGGCCGAGCGAGCGCCGCAUCCUGUGCGGGCCCGGAGCUGCCCUUCCCCCUCCGGCCAGGGCCCCGGGCAGCCCCCCGCCCGGCCCGGCCCGGCCCCCCCGAUGCCGCGGAAGGCGCUGGUCUGCGCCCUGGAGCUGGAGCUCCGCUCGGUGACUACUGUGAAUUGAAAUGUCAUGGAGGAGUCAUGUGACCUCACCUGUGACCGCUCAAAGUAGCAUACCUAUAUUCUGAUUUACUCAACAUAACGGUCUCUUCCCACGAUCCCCCACCAUAAUUUUUAGACCUUCGGAGACACCUUGCAUGCCAGCUAGCAAAAUAACUUGCCCUGGAGUGUUGCUGAAAGACAAAAGUGAGCUCUAUCUCAGCGCCUGUGUAUUUGGACAGUACAAAAGGACUCAAUGUGUCCCUGCAGCAUUUCCACUCUUCUUAGAAGAGAAACUAGUAUUUGAAAAGGUAUUUACUGAUGUAGUUGAUCCUGGAGAACUUGUUGAGCUACUUGAAUUUGACACAGCAGUACUUGAACUAAUACAACUUGUUCCUCCAGUGGGAGAAAUUCUAGCCACUUAUGAAGAAAAUACAAGAGAUUUCCUGUUCCCUGAUCCUAAGCUUACUCGUGGACACCAUGGUUCAGAUCGCGAAGUUUUAAUGAAGAGGUCUUCUAGUUUUACAGGAAUUGCACCAAAAUUGAGAUUUUCUACCAGCUCUCUUAUUACAGAAAGCCUGUUAAAUUCAGGAAGGAUUCAUGUACAGGAUAAUUUGGAUUGGGUGCAUCAUUCAACAGCAAAUGGAAGAUUACAAACAAGGUCACCAAAGAAAAACACCCCUUCACCUGAGAAAAACAGGCACUGUUUAGCAACAAAGAACUAUGAGCAGCCCACAAUAGCUUCUAAAUCACGAUCUCCAUCUCCAUACACAAAAAGACGAAUGUGUGAGCUAUCAGAAGAAGCCAGACAACGGCUGGCCCAUUUAAACCUGGGGCCUUUUGAAUUCAGAAGAGAAACUGAUAAACCUCCAUUUGUAAUUAGACGUGUUGAACAUCCGAGCCCCACUGUUGAUGUUCAUACUUGGCGUCCCACCAGAGACAGUGGACGAGAAGCUUGGUCCAGGGUAUCUUAUGAUCCUUCUCUUCUUGGCAGCUAUAGACCCAAGCAUACUAAAAUGAUCAGGUCUCAUCAUGGGAAAGACUUAGAUGGCUCUUCCGACAGCUGUGAUGAGCACCCGAUCUCGGGUACUGCUAGUAGGCAUUUUCAUUCUACUAGUUCAUUAAUACGUUCAGCACCCUCCUCAUUGCAGAAACAUUCCUCAAGUCCUGUACUAAACCGUUCUUCGCUUAGAGAAAGGUUUAACACUGGUUGGUCUACACCAGCAAACGGAGAAGAGAUCCAUAAACGAGUGAAAAAUAUUUUAAGGACACACAGUGCUAGGCAAAGGCUGACAUUUGAUGAGAGUAACUCAUCGAAAGGAGACUCAAGUAAGACCAGAGAAGUUUCAUGUAAAGACUCAUUAUGUGGCAGUGAACUACAGAGCAGUUCAUCAGUUCAGCAGAACACCACCGUUCACUUGGAUAAUGGUGAAUAUUGGUCCAACCGUGCAGCUGCGUAUAAAGGAAAACCCCACAGAGCUAUCUUUGAAGACAGCCUGGAGAAAAUAUACAGAAACAUGUACAAAAAAGCUUCUGGCACCAUUUCAAAAAGAAAAAUACACUCCUGAUAGCAAUACAACCAGAAAUGUACAGUGCACAAGGUUACUAUUUUUAAUGAGAAUUAUUUUUGUGUAACAGAUAUUUGUACUCUAUUUUUUAACAUGUACUGUUCACUGGGACGAACUCUUAUGGGCUAGUGGGGCUUUGAGGCUGGGACCCCAAAAGCAAAAUGUUAAAAUAAAAAGAAAAUCCGAAACAAUUGAAGGUAAGCAGGCGCAUUGUUCCCUUAAGAAGCUAGGAUGGUGCUAUUUCACCCAACCCCUCGUCGUCCGUUUCAGUUCUGAAGCAGGUGCUGAGUAAGCUGGAUGUUCCUAUCAGUCAUCAGUGCAGGCUUUGAUUGUAGCCAACUCUAUUUCAGUUAUUAGCAAUUUAAUUUAAGUGGUUGAAAGUGAAACCUGCCCCGGUGUUUAAAGAGCUAGCGAGAUGAUCAUAGUACAAUACUAUCUGUUUAGAGGGAUUUUUUUUAGAAGAAUAAUGUCUGCUCAUUCCAGGUCUGGAAAUGGAGAAGGGAAAAAUUCUGAGAGUAACCCUGUAGCUGUGUUGAAAGUAUUUCCCAGCACUUUCAGCCAUGAACUUUCUAUUAACGUCAAGCUCUUUUGAAAAUAACUAUCUCUCUAUAUUGUAAGAAAACAUCUCUUCUUCAUGCAUCCAAAUGUAACAAUGUCUAAAAGUUUCCAGGAUCACUUUCGGAGCUCGUCGGCUGGAGCCAGAUGCUCCAUGCGUGCAUUACGAAGUCCCUGCAUCACAAUCCCACCAAAUUUGGAGCCUGUCCUUACUAUCCUGCUGGGGAUGUAUUGGCAGAAAUUGCAUCUUUUCAUUAAAGGCCACCAAAUGUUCGGCAGUAGUUAGAUGCUUUCCCAGGAGAGGGAACCUUUUCAGCCUCACGUUGAACAGCUCCCACAUUAACAGACCAGGGCAAGCUGCCCAUCUGAGUGAUUUAAAAGGGCAAGCAUGUCCAUCUCCUGCUUGUUUCUCCCAUUUCAAAAGGAAAUAUGUAUCCUGGCACAUUCGCUACAGAAGCAGGUAGCUGGGACAGAUUGUUACACUAGUGCCAUCUUAUAUCUUGCUUUUGGACAAAGGAUAAAACUAGCUGUACAGAUAGCAGAAAUCUAGGACUGUAACCUACCAACAUACGGGGAUAGACUACAUGUUGGCCUACUCCUAUCCGGGCUUUCUUACUAAGAUAACCUAAUUGAUUUAAGGAAGCAGCCAGUGAACGAGUAAGUCAAGUGGAGAGCACAUUGAAAGGCUGUGCAUUGCAGCUUUAGGAAAGGGGGCUUUUGGAGGAAAUGUACUGAAUACAGACAUUUCUGCUCCCAGUAACAGCUAAGCCAGUCACUGGAUUAACAGCUCCAUGUUCCUGGCCUUGAUCAUACUUGGCCCUUGCAGUGCUUUAGCUUUUCAAACUGCAAAACAAAGAUUAACCAGUUAUUUAAUCCUCACAGCCUCCUAUAAUGUAGAGAAGCAUUAUUAAGUCUCUUUUUAGAGAUGGAAAUGUACAGCACAGACUUAUCCAAAGUCAGGGGCUCACCGGCACAGCAGGGUUUAGAAUGUGCAAGUUUCUGGAUCCUAGCCCUGUGCUUAUCUAUUAAACUGGGCUGCUUUUCUUUGGCUCUAGUCCUUAUUGGUCCGUACUACAGUAGUUUCUUAAUCGAUAAAAUUGGCCAAUGAAAAGAUGGCAGGAAGAAACUGUGAAGACCACUUAUGCAUCACGAAAAGCCAAGGCAGGAUUUGAUUUGUUCUCUGCCAGCACGUGACCUAGAGUUACCCAACCGACAUCUACAUUGCAAGUGCAGGUUGAAAUGAUUUCCUGGGUGUGAAUGAGCACUCAGCCAUGAGUUCUGUCUUCCUGCCCAUGCAGUCAACCCCUCUUUGUUCAGGACUCCCUCCUGGCCUGACCCCCAAUGUCAUAGCUGAGUGCAAACUGUAAGCAUGCAUGCACAUUACUAUUGUUCAUGUCACCAGAGCAAAGCUGGUGUAUGCCCUAGGCAUGCUAGACCUGCAGGAUAUGAAGUGUGUACUGUGUAUGCACACACUCUGUGUGCCUCACCUUGACUGCUUCCGGUUGUCUAAAAAGUUUUAGCAGCCGCAAGCAUCCUUCAUAGUCUCAGCAGGAGAGGUGUAAUUGUGGUGUAUGGACUAAGAAUAUUAUGGAUAUCACCUGCUGCUCUUUGUUUUGCACUUUGGCCCAUUCUCUCUCCAUGGUAUAGGAGUGCUACUCGCUACAACCCAUCUCUGAUGGUUCAGCCAAUUAGUUACUAAUUUCAGCCCCAUUAGUUCAAUGCGUGGGAGGUGUUGAACAUACAGAGGUACCAUCUCCUUGCAUGUGAGACUGGAGACCCCAGCCCCACAUGCGCAGCCAGAAAAUCGAGGCAUGGGGAAGACAGGGGAGAGAGACUCACCAUGAGUUGGAGGAUGGAAAGAAAGUGUGGGCUAAAGCGGCAGGAGUUUGGUGGGAAAGAUGAGGCUGUAAUUUAAGUUCCAUUUUAACCUAAUUGAAAGGUGGCAAUCCUGGUUCUUUAAAUUUUGGGGGAACCUACAGGCUUAGUCUGGGCUUCCUUUAGGAAGAAUGGGAGAGGAAAAGAAGUGUUCGUAUCUGAAUUUUGCUGGAUAGGAAUAUUCUCCCUAUGAAGUUUUUCUAUAUAACAUAACUAGUGCAAUAAAUUGAAUGGCUACCCUUUGGUCCUGCUCCUAUCAUGUGUGUAGAUGUUUUGCCUCUUAGAAUCAGCUAGUAUCAUCAGUAUCAGCUAACCACCUCUCUGAUGGCAGGAUUGUGCUUGUAAUAUGUACAGCAGGGUAUAGCUAAGGGUUUUUUUCCAAACCUUGUCUUGGAAUCCAUUUCUGUUGUUGGGGGAAACUUGUAUAUGAAAUGGGACUUAAGAGUCAAGGUACACAGCUCUGUCCAUUUGAAAUCUGCAAGCCGCUUUUAACACAAGUGUUUGGCCCCCCUCUCCUGCUUGUGUGCUUGGCUAACCUUCUAUUAAUACGCCUCUAGCUCAAGUGCAGAGAAGACUGAUUCUCCUCUGCUACUGCUGUGUGCGAUAAGUAUAGACUCAGGCAGUGAACCAACAGAGUAAUAAACUGUGAUUGUUUAGUGCACCUUGCCUUCUAAUACAAUUUAAAUCCCUUCUAUCAAAGGCAAAUUUCUAGGUUCCUGAGCUGAGCUUUAAAUAGCAUUUUCUUGCUCAGUCCUUAUCUUUUGCCAUCCACAAAGUGGUGUGUUAGUGACAGUAGGAUGGCAUAAUUCCACCACCACCAUUUUACCUCCUAAAGGAAAACUGCCUACUCAAAUCGAGAAAUAAUGGGAUAGAUUAAGAGAGAAUUAGUUUAUUGCAUCAGUCUUUUUAUUUCUUUUUUUCCUCCCCUGGACUGUCAUAGCUCAUGAGUAGUCUAACCAGACAUUAUUUGCCUUUUUGGUAUUGUAUGUGACACAAAAUGUAAUCAGCUUAAUAUUUUAAUCACUUUUUGGGAGUCAAACUGAGGCUACUUUUGUCUCAGCUCCCACUGGGGCAGAAAUUUAGUUUGUGCAAACACAAACUGUACAAACAGUGGGGCUCAAUUGUAAGUCAGGCUCUUUGCUAAAUAGCAGUCACUUUAAAAAUCCCUCAGCAUUGCCCUGUAGUGAUUAAGGGGUGGAAAUGUCAAGCUCUUUAAGGAUCAGCAUUAUCUAGCUUCCCAGGUAGCAGGAUAGAAGCCUCGGCUUGGUCCCUUGAGAAUGUCAGAUGGAGCAGAUGAUGUGGAAUCCUUUGGGUAAUGAAGACACUGAGAACUUUUAGGCUCAAAUUUUGAACUGCUUUAAACUCAUUUGAUGAGGAAAGUGCUCCAGGUUCUACCUACUGUGUGUGUUUUGGGUUUUUAUACACUAGCUCUCCAAGAUUUCUUCACCUGAAGUUUUCAGUGAGUCACCGGAAAACUAAGAAAUCUCUUAUAAGAAGCAAGAAGCUAGUCUUCUUUGAGUUGUGUCCCUGUGGGUGCUUCACCUCAGGUGCACAUGCAUCCUGUGGCUCUGAUUGGAGAUUUUUGGUAGCCGUGCCCAUUCAAACGUAGCGUGCACCCUGCACAUCUGCAUGCCCCAUUCUGAGGCUACAUAGAGUUGUGUGGGUGCAGCGCCUGCAGUUCUUUCUCACCCACCUUCCCUUCACAAGCUCCUGGCCAUAUUGCAGACUUCUACUUCAGCAAAGGUGGCACGGCCAGUUAAUGAUGCUCUCCUUGAGCCAGCCCAGACCAUCUGGAAAACUCCAGCAGUGGCACCCCCUACAAGCAAGUGUGGCCAUAAAAAAUACUAUGUCCCCAGCCAGGGAUUUUGAGUUUUUGUUUUCACAUCCAGCACCAAAUUCUCUAGUCGUGGACACAGUGAAUGCAAGGGGGUGUCAUUUCUAAAGCUACCCCGUAUGACAAGGACCAGAAGUGGCUGGAGUUUUUUGGUCAUAAAAGCUACUCUUUGGCAACAUUACAGUUUGAGAUUGUGACUUACCAAGCACUGAUGUUGAAAUGUAACUACCUGAAUUAAGAGAUGUUUAAUGCAUUCAUUGACCAUUUACUGAGAUCCGUAUAGUGCCAUAAUAAAGGAGGGCCAGCUAGUGGCAAAGAUAUCCUUGCAGGCUUUACUUGAUGUGGGCUACACUGCAGCCAGGUCUGUUUCCACUGCAGUAGUGAUGUGCGGACUCCACAGGCACCUCAAUUCAUUCCCUAAAUGACUAGGUCUACGCUUAGGUUCCUGGAGAUAUACAUGCCUGGAAAUAAAAAGAAAUUCAGCAGGUCUCAAUUAGAGCAAAGAUCCCAUUCUGCUUAAUUUUCCACCCUUCGUGGACCAUCUGAAUUGCCGGCUAAGAGGUCAAGAUUUUCUAAAAUGGAGCCAGUGACUAACUUGAAUACUUCAUCCCAGCCAAUCUACAUUUCCCAAACAUCACUUUUGAGGGUUUGGUCGGGAGUUUGAACCACCUGAUAGGGUUUCGCGGCUACACUAUUCCACCCCUUUCCCUUAAUUUGGACACCGUCUCUCGCUAUACCAGCAGGUUUCUGUCUCCCAUGCAUCAGACAAAUGGGUAUCAGUGGCUGUUACUUCUGGUUAUAUGAUCCAAUUUAUCUCCAUCCUGCCCUUCCACCCCCCUUUUCCUUCUCCCUUCAAGGACCUUCUCAGCUUCUUACUUCCCAGGUAUAUAAAACACCGUGGCAAACGACUUCAGCAGACAUUUUACCUUAAAUUGUGAGUGGGAGUUGGACUUGUGAGUCUCUAUAAAAUAUUCGUAACUUGGGGGUUUCCAGAGGUUGACUUUUGCACCACUGCAGCCAACACGGAGUGCAAAAAAGUCUGCUCCAGCGGAGGACUCAAGCCUUUGUCUCUAGCAGCCACCUUUCUCAUUACAUGAACAAAGGGUCUUAUUUAUGCUUAUCUGCUGAUUCCACUGCUUUUAAAGGCUUUCAACAAGAUCAAGCAGGACCAAGCCAAGGUCAUUUUGGUUGCACCAACUUGGCCAAGGCAGGUUUGGCUUCCUUACCUCAUCGAACUCCCCUCUUGCCCUCAAUUCUCAGCUCUUGUCUCAGAAUGCAGGUCAAACACUUCACUCCAAUCUGAAUGUACUGCAACGCCAGGCACGGUUCCUCAAUGGUUCUUGGGACUAGCGGUAUCCUGUUCAUCAGGAGUACAACCUGUACAGUUAAAUAGCAGGAAAAAAUCUACGAGAUACUUACUUCCAGAAAUGGAGAAGAGAUCACCUUUGAUGUAACCACUGUCAUCACUCCCCUAUCCAGUCGUCUCUUUCCACAGUCUUGUAUUUACCUGUUGGAACUGAAGAUCAGAUCUAUCUGAGCGUUCCAUCAAGGUUCGCUUAGAAUUAAUAACUUUCCACUCACCGGUAGAAGGUUUCUCAAUUUUCACACUCCUAACCGCAAGGAGGUUCCUGAAAGCUCUUAUGAAACUUUUUCUGUAAUUUAGAGAUCUGUUCUGCUUUGGGAUCAGUCUUGUCCUUAACUGUCUCAUGAAACAGCCAUCUGAGCCACUAACUACAUGCUCUCUGUUACACUUGCCUAUGAAGAUGGCCUUUUUGGUGGCCAGCACUUUUGCUCAAAGGGUUGGGGAGAUUGGGGCUCUAAUGGCAGGCCCUCCAUUUACUGUGUUCUCCAGGGAGAAGGUAUCAUUACAACCCAUCCAAAACUUUUACCUAAGGUUUCUUCUGAGUUUCACAUUAACCAGACUAUUCACCUUCCGGUUUUCUUUCCUAAGCUUCAUAAGACAAUAUCCAAAGCCACCUUCCAUACACCAGAUGUUAAAAGGGCAUUGACCUUUUACGUGGACAAAACUGAACCAGGAACCAUUCAGGAAGUCCCAUAGACUUUUGCUACUAUUGCAGACAGGCCUGGGGGAUCCACCAUCUCCAUGCAGCGACUCUCUGGAUGUAUUAUUACCUGUUACAGUUUGGCUGAUUUUCAGUCUCCCCUAAAAGUGACUGCACAUUCUACUCAAUCACAGUCUGCAACUGAAGCCCUACUUGAGGACAUUCCAGGUGUGGAAAUCUGCAGCGCUGCAAUGUGGACCUCAGUACUUGCUUUUCCCAACCAUUAUGCUUUGGCUCAUGCUGCAAGAUCAGACGCUACAGUGGACAACACAGCCCUUUCUUCAGUGCUGGACUCUCUUACGAACCUUCUGCUUCCUUACGGGGUUACGGCUUGGAAGUCACCUGAAGUGGAGCACCCGUAAGACACUACUCGAUGAAGGAGGAGAAGUUGCUCACCAUGUGCAGUAACUAGAGUUCUUUGAGAUGUGUGUCCCUGUGGGAGCAUCGCUAACCGCCCUCCUGCUUCAGAGUUUCCUUUGUGGGACUUUGUAGUUCAGAAGGAACUGAGGGCGGUUUUCCCACUCAGCCCUAUAUAGCCUCGGUCACAGGACACAUGCGUAGGAUGAAUGGGCAUUUCUCCGAUAAAGGCAUAGGGUGCAUGCGGACCUGAAAUGGAGCACCUCAGGGACACAUCUCAAAGAACUCCAGACACUGUACAAGGUGAGUAACCUCUCCUUGUAGUUAGGUUACAGAACUAGGAGCAAGAAGACUUGGGAAGUCUGUGGUGAAUCACUCUGCCUCUUUGUGCCUUUGUUACCCUAGCUAUAAAAUAGGGAGACUUUAGCUCUCUAACACAGGGAAAAGUGCUUUGAGAUCCUGAGACAGAAUUUGUUACAGAAGCGAUUUAUUACAAAAUAAAUAAAUAACUUCACCAAGUCCCAUCUCCUAUUCAAUCAAAAGGGCUUUACUGUAGAUUUCCCAAUUUCUUACUUUUUUAAUCAUGUAACGGUCUAAAUUAAACAAGCACUAUUGUUGAGAUGGGAGUCUGAUGUUAAAACUGACAGAGUCCAUUGAGAAAGAGAAUAUACAACUCUGACAGCUUGUGGCUCAGAGUCUAAUCGUUAUAAUAAAAAUCCAAGCCAACCUCAUUGGUUUAGGUCUUCAUCCUGCAUGUCUAAUCCUGCAUUGUUCCUACUGGAGUCUAUUUUACUCUAUACCGGUUCUUAUACAUCUUCUGUGUGUAUAUAUGUACGCGUACUUAUGCUGUGCUGUUCAUUUAUCUUAGCAGAGUCAAGAUCAAAAUGUGCCUUGCACUUAGAGUGGAAGGUGGUGAGUCAUUCUAUCACUAUAUAAUCUCCAUCCUCCUGAAUCCUAAACUUGAUGUUAUUUUAGCAACAUUUUUGAACUGUGCAAAGCAAAAUUUUGCCAGUGGCCUCUCAGUAUAUAAAUACGAUCAUUUAAUGGAGAGUCUUUUGGAUCAUGUGAAGUUUAACAGCUGUCUUAAUUAUGACAGUGUGAGUUUAUUUGCCCAGUUAAGAGAAUGAUAAAAUUUAUCAGAGAUUAUUAUUGAGAAGAUUUAGAAGUUGGAAUUAGCUGUGGAGUGUGACAAGGACUUUGGAGCUUUUUUUUCCUCUAAAAAGUUUGAGGAAAAACCUUAAACUUUAGAAGUCAGUAACCAAGCUAGUCUACAGCAAUAAAACCAUUAGAAGCCAGCCUUUGACUUGAAUUAACUACCUCAUUGAUGGAGAUGAUGCAGUAAAGAGGGAAGUCUUUUUAGAUCAAGUCCUGUGUCCCAUAACAAACGAAUUGGUAUUCUAGGAAAAGAUCACUGUCUUCCAAUAAUUUCUAUUUCUGUCAUAUAGUGGGGUCAAACACAUAGACCAUCAUCAGUGAUCACCACUAGAACAUCCAGUGGUAUUUAAAUAUCUUGAUCCCAAUCUUUUAAAAAAGAAGAGGGGGCAGAUUGUGGCUAUGAAGGUGUUGACUCAUGUCACCACUGAUUGAAAAAAGAGACAAGGAAACCCUUGUUCUCUCCCCUUUCCUUUCGCCGCGCCCCAUCACUUACCACCCUUGUAGUUUCAUGUGGUUGCUUUGUGAGGGAAAACUAUUCUGAAAUCCAGGAUAAUUUUCUGGAUGAAAACCUGUAGGAAAUUUAAACUUUACCUUUGGCAUAUCAACUUCAGAGGUCAUGCAAGCUUUCUGCUGUGGAUUCCCAUCCAGUCAGGGUGGUUGGUUUUGAUCUAACAGAGCCGUGGGACCUAGCCAUCUGAGACCACUUUCCCCAUGAUGCUCCAUUAUGAUGGCUGCUAUCAGCUGAGCUACUCUUGUUGAUGGUCCCUGGCUUUGAAAGCUUUUAGGCCUAGAGGCCGACAUGUUUUGGUGGAGAGUCUUUGAUUGUAGAACUUCUCUCUUUGUUCCUCAGAGUUUACCAUCUUUCAGGGCAUAGGGUGCGGUCCUGUUCUUUGGUCAGGCUUUUACUUAACUCCUUGGAAUUGCUGGGGAGGUUUCUCUUAGGAUGGGUUGGGGUGACACAAAAGAAGGAGAUCUUUGUUCAGUCUGUUGGGGGCAGUUUAAUGUGUUGCUUUCCAUAUGCAUCAACGCACCCAGAUGCCACGGAUGAAGGGUUUAUAAAAUAGCCAUUUAAAUAAAUCGUUUGAAAGUAACACAGGCAAUAUCCACUUCCCCGAACAUCUGUAGAUUGGACGCUUAUGUUUAUAUCAUUAAACCAAUUGGAAUUUUUGGACUUUGAGCUGAAUGUGUUCUUUCAAAGGCGACAGCUCUGUGAACUGGUUCAUGCAGCACUCCAGUAAUAAACACUUGACAGAAGGUUGCUUUCCCUGCCUGCCUUAUUUUCACCACAAUCAUGGAGUGUUUACAUACAUUUUAGCCUCUGUGCCAUUUUUGAAGGCUUUAUUUGUCCCAUUUACAUUUUUGGUUUGGAUAAUACUUAAAUAUGAAAUCCAUCUGUGAAGCAUAUUGUAUAUACAUGUUGAAGGGUAAAACCAGUUUUAAUUAAAAUUUUAUACAGCGCUUGUA